UAUGAUAAACUUUAAAAAAAAAUGAUAAAAACAGAUGGAAAAAACUAACGAAAGAUUACAAUAAAUAUGUACAUGGUAGAUAUGUGUUAGUAGUAGAAUAUAAUGACGACACGAAACCUUAAUUAUUGCGCAACGAAUUCAAAAUGUGAAUAGGUGUAAAAUCAAUUAUAUUUAUCUAUGAUAUUUGUAAUAUUAAACAAAUACAUGUGUGAAAUACACGUUUUUUAAAGUUAAAAAAGUUACCUUUGUACGACUUGCUUAUGUGCUUGUCGAUCGUUGAACACAAACUUGUCGAGUGAAGUUAGCAAUAUAAUCCUAUGCAAAAAUUAUUAUGAUAUAUUUUUCGAGAAUAAUCGAUAGGAAAUAUAUCGAAUUGGAUAAAACUCCCGCCGAAAGUACCAAUCGUACCUGCCAUUGAAUCCUUAAAUAAGUGGUUUUGUGAAUAUUUUGCCUCAAUGUAAUAUUUUGUCUUGUAAUCUAUCAUUUAUAAUAAUUUAUAGUACUGAGUUUUAACGAUUUAUUGUUGAUAAUCAUGAGUGAUACACAGUCAUCCUCAGCAGGUAGAACUAAACGUCAGAAGGUUGAUAAAACUGGAAGACUGUCAGCCUUACAAAAAUUGAAACAAUUAAAAGGUAGUAAACAUAAAUAUGAGGUUGAUGAUUUGGAGAAUGUGUAUGAAGAAGUUGAUGAGAAAGAAUAUAAUCAAACUGUAUUACGAAGACAAAAUGAUGAUUGGAUCAUUGAUGAUGGGGAAAGCGGUUAUGUGGAAGAUGGUAGAGAAAUUUUCGACGAUGAUUUGGAUGAUAAAAGUAUUCAAGAAGCAAGGAAACAAAAACUUUCUGGUCCAAAGAAAAGUAAAAUAGAUGAUAAAAAGAGAGGGUCAAUUCAAAAUAUGUUAAUGAAAAUGCCUUCUAAAAAGAAAACUGAUGUUAAACUCGAUGAUGACAAUAUUUUAGGAGACUUAAUGUGUGAAUUGCAAAAGAAUGAUACACCAAAAAAGUCAGAACCAAGAACUGUUCGAAACAAAUUUUGUACUACUUCUGGAACUAAUAAGAAAAGUACUUGUGCAGAACGGGACCAAGGAUUCACUUCUGUCCAUAAAAAACUGCAGUGUGACAAUGGUAAUGAAGAUUUAACAAUAUGUGAUACACCCAAGAAAACACAUAUAAAUACACAAAUUGAAUCAAUUUGUCGAUUAGAAAAUAGUAGUAGUCAAGAUAUUUUUGAUGAUGAAGAUGAUGUUCAAUCACAAGUGGCAUCUAGAAUAUCUGAAGCAGAGUUGAAAGAUAAUGUUAAAGAAAAAAGUAAUAGUCAAAUAAUUGAAGAAGGAAGUGAAGAUCUUAGUCAAUUUGUUGGUGAUUUUUGCAGCACAAAUUUCGAGAACGAAUCUACAAAUCACGUUGAAAAAUCAGUACCACCCGUUAAUACGGAGAAUGAAAACUGUAAAUCAAUUUUUCAAAUAAAGGACCAAGAUAUUGAAACGUUUGAGUCAGAAGAUUUUAAUAAAGUCUUAGAUACUGAAUUUUCAAUGCAAACACAAAAUGUUCAAGUAUCAGUAGAUACUACAGAGUUACCUUUACCACUUACAACUAAUGCAAAUAAAGAAGAGGUAUUCAGAUUUUAUUGGUGGGACGCAUACGAAGAUCCAUACAAACAACCCGGAGUUGUAUAUUUAUUUGGAAAAGUUUUUGUACCAUCUAUAAAGACAUAUUGCUCUUGCUGUUUAACGGUGAAAAAUAUUCCACGAAGAAUUUAUCUUCUUCCUAGAGUGCAUAUAAAGUCAUCUAAAGAUAGUAAGGAAGAACCCAAACUAAACUCAAUGGAAGAUGUGUAUAAUGAAUUUAAUCAAUUUGCAAAUAAAUCAGGAAUUAAAGAAUUUCGUUGUAGUACGGUGACAAAACACUAUGCUUUUGAACAAGAAGGUAUACCAUCAGUGUCUGAAUAUUUAGAAGUGAAAUAUUCAGCACAUUAUCCGGCUAUACCUUCUGACUAUACUGGACCAUCAAUAGAACGUGUUUUCGGGGUGACAGUAAAUCCUUUAGAACUACUUGUAAUAGAAAGAAAUAUUAAAGGUCCAUGUUGGUUAGAUGUCAAGUGCCCACUGCCAACUGGUGUGCAGACUAGUUGGUGUAAAAUAAAGGCAAACUGUAUGAAAAUGGAAAAUAUAAUUGUUUGUUCUGAGCCUCAAGCUUUACCACCAUUGGUGAUAAUGACUUUAAAUGUACGGACAUCUUUAAAUUCUAAAUCACAACAAAAUGAGGUGGUCAUGGUUGCAAUAUUAAUACAUCAUAAAUUCCACGUUGAUAAGGAACCUCCUAAACCGCCAUUUCAGGAACAUAUUUGUUUAAUUACGCAUCCACGCGAUACUCCUUGGCCGAGACAAGUACGAGAAAUGCUUUCAAAUAUUUCAUACACUAAAGUAAUGAAAUUUGAUACUGAAGUAGAUUUACUCGAACAACUGUUAAAAAUAGUGAAUGCGGCAGAUCCGGAUUUGUUGAUUGGAUAUGAUUGCGGCUUCCAAUUCGAUAUAUUAAUGCACAGAAUGUUCACUUUAAAAGUUUCAAACUGGAGUAGACUCGGAAGAUUAAGACGUUCCAUGCCUCCCCUUAUUAGAGGGAAAAUAAUUUUAAAUCAAGUACUAGCUGGUCGUCCAAUGUGUGAUAUACAAGUUUCAGCUAAAGAAUUAAAUCUCAAAGUUAGAAGUUACGAUCUCCAAUCUCUCUGCGCAGCAGUAUUGAAGAAAAAGGAGACAGAAUGCAAGGAAAUAAAGCCUGGGGAAUGCGCGUCAUUUUACGGUGCAUUAAAUAAAAUAGAUAAUUUAAUUAAAAUAACGCUAACAGAAGCAUUGUAUAUUCUUUCUAUUGUACUUGAACUUAAUGUUCUUCCACUUGCACUACAAAUUACAUGCAUUGCUGGGAAUAUUAUAUCAAGAACAUUGACAGCAGGUCGAGCAGAAAGAAAUGAAUAUUUAUUAAUGCAUGCUUUUCAUAUAAAGAAUUAUAUAACACCAGAUAAAAGAAUUACAAAGAAAGGGAAAAAUGCUGAAAAUAAUGAAAAUACUGGGAAAAAGAAGGCAGCUUAUGCUGGAGGUUUGGUUCUCGAGCCAAAAAAAGGAUUUUACGAUAAGCUAAUUUUAUUGAUGGACUUUAAUUCUUUGUACCCUAGUAUAAUCCAAGAAUACAAUUUAUGUUUUACUACUGUACCUGGUGCUGCAUAUGCGGAUAGCGGGGAUUUAGCUAUACCCGAAUCAAAUUUAGAGCCUGGCGUGAUACCGACAGAAAUUCGCAAAUUAGUUGAGAGUAGAGUAGAAGUGAAAAAAUUAAUGAAAUCAACAAAUAUUUCACCCGAAUUAAAAAUGCAGUAUAACAUUAGGCAGUUAGCUUUGAAACUGACUGCUAACUCCAUGUAUGGUUGUUUAGGUGCAACCCAUUGUAGAUUUUACGCUAAAGGACUUGCUGCUCUAGUGACAGCUAAGGGUCGAGAAAUUUUACAACAUACGAAAAGUCUUGUUGAAAAAUUGAAUUAUGAAGUUAUAUAUGGAGAUACUGACUCUAUUAUGAUAAAUACUAAUUUAAUAGAGUACGAAGAGGUUUUUUCUGUUGGAAAAAAGAUCAAACAAGAAGUGAAUAAAUUAUACAAGCGCGUAGAAUUAGAUAUCGACGGCGUGUUUCGCUAUUUAUUACUAUUACAGAAGAAAAAGUAUGCAGCGGUUACAAUGACAAAAUUACCUAAUGGGCAAAUAGAUUUAACCCAAGAACAUAAAGGCUUGGACAUCGUGAGAAGAGAUUGGUGUCAGUUAGCUUGUGAUGUUGGAAAAAAAAUUUUGGAUCAGUUACUUUCUGAUCAAUCGAAUGAGAACCGGUUGGAACAAAUUUUCUGUAUGUUGCAAAAUGUUGCAAAAAGUGUUCGCGAAAAUCAAGUUUCUCUGUCAUCGUUAGUCAUUACGAAACAGUUAUCGAAAAAUCCAAAUGAAUAUCCAGAUGCUAAACAAGCUCAUGUGCAAGUAGCUUUGAGACUAAAUAAGGAAGGCGGUAGAAUGUGGAAAGUUGGAGACACUGUUCCAUAUAUUAUAUGCGAUGAUGGAACGUCGAAGUCUGCAACUGAAAGAGCAUACCACAUCGACGAAUACAAAAAGAGCGAUUCUUUGAAAAUAGAUGUUAAUUAUUAUUUGUUAAGUCAAGUAUUUCCAAUUGCAUUGAGAAUUUGUGAACCGAUCGAAGGAAUCGAUGAUGUAUUAUUAGCUGAGAAUUUAGGUUUGGAAAAUGUAUAUAAAUCUAAAAGAGUGAUACACGAAGAAGACAACAACGACAUACCACUAUUAGUAAAUGAUGAUAGAUUCAGGUUUUGUCUUCCUUUAAAAUUUAAUUGUAGUGAUGAAAAAUGUCAAUCUGAAAUCGUACUCAAAAAUAUCAUAGUCGAAACACCUGCUGGUAAACAAUUAUCACUUGCUCUGUGUUCAAAUUCAGAAUGUACAGUAAAACCGUGGACAUAUGCAAACGCUAUACAAAAUGCAAUGACACUUGCUGUACGAGAAGCAGUUUCGGAAUAUUACGAUGGUUGGUUAGAAUGCGAAAAUCCACUGUGCGGUGAAAGAACACAAAUACUUCCAUUAGGAUUCCACAGAAAGUAUCCAACCUGCAGAAAAUGUGGGGAUGCUGAUUUGCAUAGAGUAUUUUCAGAAACAAAACUUUAUAAUCAAAUGUGUUUUUACCUUCAUUUAUUCGAUGUGAGUCAAUCAAAGUACAAAAAUUUGUUAUCUCAAUAUCCACAUGGCAUGAGAGCAGCAUAUGAUUCUUUAAAAGAAGCAAUGGAGAAGAUAUUGAGUCGGAAUGCAUUUUCUGUUGUAUGUUUGGAUACAAUAUUUUCAGGUUUCAAUUCACAAUAUAAGCCAACAGAUUUUAAUACAGGUGCCUUAGACAUAUCUGAUGGAUCAAGCGAUGAAAUUUGAAAUAUUUGUUACGUAUAUACGAGAAUAUCUACAAACUUGAUGAAUUUGUACUAUGAAACUUAUGCAGCGUUAUUGGUUUACAAUUCAAAUUUUACACUGUUAACACAGUUUGUAUUAUAAUGUUAAUAACAUGUAAUGUCUACAAUUUCAUAAAAUAUAAGAGGUUCAACGAGAUGCUUUCUAUCAUGCAUAUGCAUUGUGUCAGUUUUAAAAUCGUUAGUUUUCACUUAUUUUAAAAUGAUACGGAGCUACUCCGAAUAUGUACUUUAUUCCAAUAUUUGUACACAUAAGAGGGAGUACUUGAAACUAAUUUAUUUUUGUAUAUUUGUAUGAAAAA